CAUGAUUCUGACGAACUCACUCCCAGCUCGAUCUUUCUUGUCUUUUUGGAUCCCGCCUCGAAGGAAGGACACAGCAUUCAGUCAGACGAAAUUUCCCUGGAUUUCGUUGACAGCUUGCUUAAAUUAUCGUUUUAUAUUUUUUAAUUUCUUUCAUACAUGUGGGGUGUGUGUAAAGUUUCUGUUCGUCGCCGUUUAUUCGUGUACUGAAACGCAAUUUUGUAACGAGAUACGUCUAUCCAUGCUAUCAACUGACUUUGAAUGCUGUUGAAUCGAAUGUCAUUGGGCUAGGAAGAAAUCGUCGUAUAAGAAGAUUAUAUUUUGUUACCAACUGCGUAUUAUUCACAUUAUAGUUUGACAGAACUAAUUUGGGAAGUUUUCAAAAUACAUACAGCAACAGUUUAUUUACUGUCGAUCGUGUAUUAUUGUGUGUCCUUAUCGUCUCUUGUUGCGUAAACUAUCCGAUUUUGAAAUUUACUAUUGCAAAACAACUUUAAUUCUGGUUACUAUUGCAUAACAAUCGUAAAUGGAGAAGAUCUUAUCCAAAUUAGAAGACAAACAACGUGAACUUCAUGGCAAGAAAGGACGAGUAAGUUGAUCAAGUGUGACGAAUUGAACUUGCUUGUGUGGCAACUACGAUAAGAGAUUUAUUGAUAUUUUAAUAUAAAUUGACUUCUCUUUCUGCUUUUUAGAUUAUAGUAUCAUGGAAUAGAUUUGCUCGUUCAGUUCGAGAGGCUGUUGAGUUUUACACCGAAGCCAAACAGGUAUAAAGCUUUGUGCAGUUGAAUUUUUUAAUACAAUAUCGGUUUUGAAAUGCUUAACAUUCAAGCGACAAACAUGUCUCUUCAAAUUUGAAAAGUAAACAGUAGCUAUACGUCUGAAGGCGUGUGGUCGUCAUAUUCCAUUUUCUGGUGGGGAAAUUGUGCAUAAAUUCUUGUAGAGACAUGAGAUUAUUCAAAUGAAUGCUUAGAUCCGUUUUAAAACAAAAACUAGUGAUCUGUGUCGUCAAAAUUGAAGUAAAAAUCUAACAACAGUAAAACUACUUUUUAAAUAAUUAAUAUGUUUGAAUCUGUCGCGUAUGACAACAAGUCUUGACUAUUCUCAGUUCGAAGAAUAUGGCUUUAAAAAUUAAUUUUGAUUGAUUUUACCGCUUUGUGCAUUGCUAAUUCACACUGAUUGUUCUGGAGAAAAUUAAUAUUGUCCUUGAGCUAGCGGCAUCUGAAAAAACACUCUUCGAAAAGAUAUGACUAAUUGUAAACAUUUAAUAUGUAACCGUUGUUGUGGGUAAAUGUUUUAGCCUAAAAUGUUAGUAGAUAAUUUUCUUGAAGAACGUUUUGUCUGUGGAUUUAAUUAAAUGUGCCCUGCUGUUUCAGAGAGGAAAGCAAGUUCCUUCUUGUCUGCAUGAUAGCUGUUUUGUUGAAAUCACCUUGCCUAACCUUGUUGUAACAUCAUACCCUAUCAAUCAGCACAAGCUGACCUUGGUAUUUUAAUGUAUUAAAAUGUCAAGCGAUAGGGUGAAAUUGAGGAAGCCUAUCUUGUUAGGAGACAAAAUUAUGUCCAAAGCAGACAAAAUUAUGAACAUCACAAUUUAAGAAGAAUGGUUGCAAUGACAAUGGAAGUUGGCACACAAUAACAAAUGCUCAUAAGAAACAAGAAUUGAAACAAGCAGAAAUAUAUAGAAUUGUGGCAUGCACACAUCAAAGCGACACACCAAAACAAAUCGAUCUCUCAACAUAUAUAUGGGGAGGGGAAACAUCAAUACAAUCACGGAAUUCAAUCUUCGGUUGGGGGAUUACAAAUUUUAGCAAGCGUUUUUAGUUUGUCUGUUUUUAAUGUUAUUUGAAAAAAACUGAUUAAGAACAAGCUGUUUGAAACAUAGUUUCUAAAUUUUAAUUUUUAUAGUUUUCAAAGUUUUUAACAUUUUAAUUUCGAUAGCCUCAUUAAAAGAUAUUUUACCCAUUGAGUGCUAGUGCUCUCCCCUUGAUGAGUAAAAUCACCUGGCAUUAGACAGUGAAAUAACAAAGUAGUUUACAUUGGGCAGCAAAUGCAACUUAAUGGUUAACUAGACACAUGGGCAGAUAGUCUGAUUAAUCUCUCCUCUUUACAAGUAAAAUUGUGUGCCGUUUAAUAGACAGAGUAAAAUAAUAAAGUAGGGUGCAAGGGAGCCACUGGUUGGGUUGGAUUUUUAAAGGCAUUAAAGUUUGAAAUAUGAGAGAUUCAUCAUGAGAGUUCCAGAAAACAUAUAUGUUAGUCCUCAAAAUGUUAAAUUAUUCUUAAUACAAGUUUGCUUGAGAAAACCUUGUUUUUAUCUGCCAUUAUUCAAACACUAGCCCUGAAUGUUUCAGGCUACAAGCAGGCUAUUCAAACACUUAUUGGGAACAGUUGUCCCCCCCCCCCAAUCUAGUUUGUAUUAAUAUGUAAAUUGCAAAAUAUAUGUAAUGAUACAUUCAGGCAGAGAGAAUUAGAACUUACCAAACAUUGAAAAACUUAAGCUUGAAGAAAUUUGACUUCUGCAAGUUUGUGUUAACAACCAGUAUUCUAGACUCGAACCCAGCCUAAACUAAACUAUACUGUUGAAAGGAAAUGCCUUGUUUGAGUAAGCAUUGAAACCAGCUGUUCAUAUCAACAUUUUUGUGUCACCAUGGUCCCAGGUGUCAGAAUGCUGCACAAAUACAAGCAAUGAUGCCAGUAAUUAGACCUAAAACAAGCUGAAACAUGUCUGAACUCCUCUCAGAUAUUGGGAAUAGUCUUGUUUAUACUGUAAUCCUAGCUACAUGUGAUCAAGUUCAGAAUAUGUGUGUCAACGAAGGGCACAAGCUGUUUAUGUUGGUAUGAACAAAUUUGACUGAAAUUUAUUGCAGUUAAUUAACUGUGGUUUAAUAAUUUAAAAUAGAUGGGCGAGAGAAUUCCAAAGUUUCUUGGUAUCCUGGUCAAAUAUUUUAUGCUUUGCAUCCGUAUGCAUGUAAUAAUUAACAUUCUUUUGUGGUAUAAACCAUUGGCAUUGGUUCAAUAUAUGUGAAAGAGAUUCUUUUAGAGUUUUACAGUGAUGUGAUUUUUUGUAUUUUUACUGUAGGCUGAAUUGUAUGCCUGGGCUCAAAGUCUUCCAGACCAAGCCAGAAGAACAGUUUCCAAAGUUCCAUUCCGAAGUCUUUUCCUGGCCAUAACUCCAUAUUUGAUGUAUCUAUUAUUGUUUUCAAACUACAAGGUUAUUCGAAAGUUACUUGGCCUCACUCUUGUUCCAAAACCAAACAUGCACUUUUGUCCAUCGUUGGAACUGUUAAUAUUCCGCUGUUUUCCUCAUCAAAUUUUAGCAAAGUUUGCAAACCCUGUAUUUGACUUUCUUGCUGCAAUUCCAUAUUUAAUUCAUUUUCCACUGCCAGUGCUUAUGAUUCUACAUAAACUUGUGGACAAACGUCGUAGAUCAACUCUCUUGUUUUACGUGUGGAUUGCCGGAUGGUGCAAUUUUCUUGGUGUGUUUAUCCAGUUUGUGUUCCCUACAGCUCCACCAUGGUACAUGGAUAGCGUUGUAUUUAGUCCCCAAGGUUCAGAGUUGAAAGCUGGUUAUAAUGAAGCUGGAUUUCAUAGACUUGAUGCCAUACUUGGUUUUCCAUUGUUUCAUAAACUUUAUUCAGCAUCACCAGUCAAGUUUGGAGCAUUUCCAUCAUUACAUGUGGCAUGGCCAACAAUUGUUUUAGUUAGCGACCCAUGGGUCAGUGAACGUUUUGCUAAAUUACAUGUACUGUGGAUAACUUGGGCUGCACUGUAUUCAAAUCACCAUUAUGGUGUUGAUGCAAUCGGCGCAAUCAUAAUGGUUUUCACUGUACGAUUUUUUGCUGGGCUUUGGAGUCCAUUUUGCCAUCAUCUCACAAGUCUCACAAGUAGUAGUAGAAACAAUAGUUAUUCAAAUUUAUUGCAAGUCUAAUUAAAUUACCAUGCUGAAAGGUCUUCUCUUUGGCAGACCUUGGCAUAUAGAGACACUAUAAACUGAUCAACUGUUAGAAAGUAUUUCCAGUUAGUUUAUUAGAACAAUUUCAUUUGUUGCAAUCAUGAAGACUGACAUCACAAUGAUUUAACUUUGUUUUGUAAUAUAGGGAAUGUACAUGUUAGCCACGUAGAUAAAUUUAAUUAAACAUGG